GUCGCUGUUGUCAGUGGAAAAAUAAAGUCUUUCCAUUGACAGACGAAUGACAACACUGCCACGGCCCUUCCUACUAAACCAAUUGAUAAAGCUCAAGAAAAAUUCUAGAGAUCUUCAGGACGGCAUCCCAAGGUAGUUCUGUAUGAGACACUUAGAGAAACAACAGCAUGGCAGAUGACAAGGACGUGCUAAGAGACGUGUGGUUCGGCCGCAUUCCUACUUGCUUCGCACUCUACCAGGAUGAGGUCACGGAGAAGGAGGCCGAGCCUUUCUAUCUGCUUCUGCCCAGGGUUAGCUACUUGACCCUAGUCACAGACAAGGUGAAGAAGCACUUCUUGAAGGCGGUGAAGCCAGAGGACGUGGAGGAGAUGUGGUUUGAGUAUGAGGGAACGCCGCUCAAAUGGCACUAUCCAAUCGGAGUUCUGUUUGACCUCCAUGCCCUCAACACUGCGCUGCCCUGGAGCAUCACUGUGCACUUCAAGAACUUUCCAGAGCGCGACCUGCUCCACUGCCUGUCAAACUCGGUGAUAGAGGCACACUUUAUGUCCUGCAUCAAAGAGGCAGACGCACUGAAACACAAGAGCCAAGUCAUCAACGAUAUGCAGAAGAAAGACCACAAACAGCUGUGGAUGGGCCUGCAGAAUGACAAGUUUGAUCAGUUCUGGGCCAUGAACCGGAAGUUGAUGGAGUAUCCCACAGAAGAGGGGGGCUUCAGGUACAUCCCCUUCAGGAUAUACCAGACGAUGAGUGACAGGCCGUUCAUUCAAAAACUGUUUCGGCCCGCCUCGCCUGAGGGCCACACACACACACUGGGGGACCUGCUGAAAGAGAUGUAUCCUGCAGCCAUCGCACACGACGGUGAUGCCAAGAAGUACCAGGUUCUGAUCCAGGGCAUAGAGCCUCUUCUGGAGACCCCUCUGCAGUGGCUCAGCGAGCACCUCAGCCACCCAGACAACUUCCUCCACGUCUGCAUACUCCCCGUGCCCACCGACUGAGGACACGCACCUUCCCCCUCCCCCCCCCCCCGCCCUCACCCACCUCCCCCCCUCCCCGCCGUACGGGCCGCCGUGGGAGAGAGAACAAUUAACACCUGCGAAACGGGACGUGCCCACGGAACACCUGGCUUAAAGAGCCUCUUAACGAGAAGGGAUUAAUGAACGACUUAACGAUGCAGCGUGAGGACAUCGGAGCGCUGUGAGCACGCAGAGCUCCUCUCCCUGCUGCUUGGCUCUCCUCUUCCUCUCUCCUGCUCCUCCUCCUCCUCCUCUCUGCCCUCCCCGGAGCCUGAGCAGGACCGGCAGCCGCUGGGAGAGGUGAUCAACCAAACCAACGGCCCUAAAGAUUCCCUGGAGAGAACCACUGGGCGUUUCUCUCUUCUUCUUCUUCUUCUUCUCCUCCUCCACCAGCGUCUCCUCCUCCACCCCCCCUCCCCCCAACCCGGUCUGAUAUCUGUCACCAGCCUUUGGAAGGGAGGGGGGGGUGGUGGUUGCGUCAAUGGUGGUGGUGGUGGUGGGGUUGUCCAUUGUCUAUGCUGAAGCUGCCUUAUUUAACUCAUCCUCCCCAUCGGCCACUCACUCUGGAGUUUACAUGCUGUUCUGCAAGCAGACGGCACCUAACCCUCAACAACCCCCGGUGAGACCCGGUGAGGCUGGUCUGGUAACCAGGGGUAACCAGUCAACAUCUGGUUCAGCUUGAUGCAGUGGGCUGGGUUAAUGAGUAAACAGGCCGAUUAAGGGGUCUGCAGUCUGGCAGUCAGGGACUGAGGGCCGUAAAAGGCAGAGAACACGUGGUUUCAAUGUCAGGGGUUGAUUAUUUGUUUUCCUCCAUCCACCCCGGUCCGGUUUAUAUUUUUACCAAAUGUUUUUUGUGUGUUUUUAAUGGGAGGACUGGAAUUGCCCAUCAGCGGCCCGCGGUUAGCAUCUGGUUUGCCUUUUUUGUUUUGACAAAACCCAAGCAGGGGGGGCCUGAGCAGCGGCACUAGGGGGUGAGGCAGCAGCAGCACAGCCAGCAUGGGGCGAGGAGGAGCGCACCCACGCGCCAAGAACUUUCUACGGGAUGGCCCCGUGCGGCGUGUGUGUUGUUGGCCUCCAGCGGGGGGGGGGUUGUGUUUCCUGGUGGUGGUGGGCGUGACUUACCGAAGGGCCCGGUGGGGUCGCACAGUCUUGGAACCCUUUUCUUACUCACAAACAAACAAACAAAGCCUGAAUCCAGAGGAAAAGAAAAACGGAAGGUCAUGUUGUGAUCCUGCACUGUUGUGGCACAAUAAUGUUUUUUAUUUGAAAAACUAAUCAUUUCAAGUCAUUGUUAUUAUGAUCAAUGUGUGGAAUAUACAAACAAUAACGAUUAAAAUAUGCAGCUGUUGUA